AGAACGAACAACGAUAAUCCUAAUCUUUCCACUAUGGAAAUCUGCCCCAUGGUUUCCACUACUACUGGAACUUCUAGUCGAUAUACCAAUAACAUUACACAAAUCAGCAAUAGCAUACAACAGUCAAAUACCGUUCCGCAAUCCAAAAUGGAAGAUUUGCGCAGCAAUUGUAUCAGGAAAUCACUUACGGAUCAAGGCUUUUCGAAACAAGCUGCAGAAUUAUACAUGGCGGCAUAUGACUCUAGAACAGCUAAGAAAAUGUCCACUGCUGCACGAAAAUGGUUCAAUUGGUGUGCUGAACAAGACAUUGAUCCCACUAAAUGCGCUUUACCCAGGGUAGCAGAUUUCUUAAAUCUACUUCAAGAAAAUUAUGCAUACAAUACAAUUGCAAGCUAUAGAACAGCAAUUAGUGAUAUUCAUGAAUGGAUCGAAGGAAAACCAGUCGGCGCACACCCUAUGAUUACUAAAAUUAUGAGAGGUCUAUAUAAUAUCAACCCACCAAAACAUAACUCAUCUGAAGUUGUAGAUGUUUUUCCAUCAAUGGAAUUUUUAGAAUCUUUAGGGAAAAAUAAUGAAAUGCCAAUUAUUCAAUUAGCAAAGAAGACUGCCUUUUUAAUCGCUCUUACUACUGGAAGUCGACCAUCUGACAUUGUACGAAUUAAUUUGUUAACACAAAAGGAAGUGACCAAUGGAUUG